UUCUCAGUAGAAAAAUGUCAUCGACGAAACGUCAACGCUGCUUUUGUUGAGAAGAAAACGUUUAAUAUUUUUGUUUGCUACGCAUAAAAUUUUAAUUUCUUCAAAAAAACACCCCUACAAAAAUAAUGUUAGGAUUAAAAAACUAUGGGAGUAGUUCGAGUGGAAGUGAUUCCGAUGAAGAGGUACCUGAAGAAGCCACCAUCCAUCUGAAGCCAGUAACAGACCAAGAAAAUUCAGUGGCCAAAACUCUAGCUGUGUGUGCAGCACCUGAUGUCAUACCUCUCGGAGCCGUAGCUGUUCCCCGUGUAGUUGAUCCUUCCCUUAAAGAAGUUCUCUACAAUCCCAGGUAUGAAGAACUCUACACACCCGUUCAGGGUCCCGAGAAACCCAACCAAACGAAUCAAGAACGCGCCGCCAAAAAUACACUCGCUGGUUUCCUAGAGAAAGCGCACAUAAACGCCUUUCAAUUUGAGAACCAGCGACGCACAUUCCAUACCUAUGGAUAUGCCAUGGAUCCGUCCACUGAUGAGACGGCCGAUGGCCAGAGCUAUGUUGGGGAUCUGCAGGAGGCCUAUAACACUGACGGCAAGACUGUCUUUGAGUCACCCAAACCGAAGAAGAAGAGAAAACAAGAGAAGAAUGAUUGUCCAGAGGAUGUUGAAGGAUUCGUUGGUCCAUGGGGUAGGUAUGAAAAUGAACAAACUGUCGCCAAGCCAACUGACGAGGAAAAGGCUGAGUUGGACGAGAUCUUGGCAAAGAGACACAAGCGUGGACGGAUUCCAGAAGACAAACCACUCGAAGAAAAAUCCAUUUUACACAUCAAAGACGCCGUUGAUUAUCAGGGACGCUCGUACCUUCACGCUCCACACGAUGUCGGAGUCAAUUUACGAUCAAAUGUACCUCCAACAAAAUGCUUCCUGCCCAAAGCACACAUUCACACUUGGCAGGGACAUAACAAAGGCAUUUCAUCGAUCAGAUGGUUCCCAAAAACUGCUCAUCUUCUGCUCUCUGGCAGCAUGGAUUGUCGCGUCAAGCUGUGGGAGGUUUAUGGAGAACGUCGUUGCAUUCGUACCUACUUCGGCCACAGACAAGCCAUCAAGGAUGUCGGCUGGAACAAUAAGGGAACUCAUUUUCUUUCGGCCUCUUACGACAGGUACAUCAAACUCUGGGACGCAGAGACUGGAGAUGUUGUGUCGCGUUUCACAGCUAGAAAAAUGCCUUUCUGUGUGAAAUUCCAUCCCGACAAUGGGAAGCAGCACUUGUUCGUAGCUGGAACCUCAGAUAAGAAGAUUAUUUGUUGGGACACUCGAAGUGGUGACAUUGUCCAGGAAUACGAUCGCCAUUUGGGAGCAGUAAACACAAUCACAUUCGUCGAUGAGAAUCGUCGAUUCGUCACAACAUCAGAUGACAAGAGUAUGCGCAUCUGGGAAUGGGACAUCCCAGUGGACAUGAAAUACAUCGCCGAUCCUACAAUGCACUCCAUGCCUGCCGUAACCUUAGCUCCCAAUGGCAAAUGGUUGGCCUGCCAGAGUUUGGACAACAAAAUUGUGAUAUUCUCGGCGCUCAAUCGAUUCAAGAUGAAUCGAAAGAAGUCCUUCUCGGGGCAUAUGGUUUCGGGUUAUGCGUGUAAUUUGGACUUCUCCCCGGACAUGAGUUAUCUGAUAUCGGGCGAUGGUGACGGAAAGUGUUACAUUUGGGAUUGGAAGACAACAAAAAUGUACAAAAAAUGGCAAGCACACGAAGGAGUGUGCAUAAGUACACUUUGGCAUCCUCACGAACCGAGCAAAGUGGUCACGGCCGGAUGGGAUGGGUUGCUUAAGUUUUGGGAUUAAAUUAAGAUUUUUUCUUUCUUUUUUGUCGACGAUUAAAUUAAAAUUCUAUGAAAUUCUUUUAAA